AUGCAAUUACUUUUACUCGCAGCUGCAUUUCUCUUUACGCACGACUUCACCGGAGCUGUGCGUCCAGAAAGGUGCGCGUCCCGUUGCGAGGUGAGCUCAUGUCCAAGCCCCAGCUGUCCGGCCGGCGCUUAUGUCCCGGACAGAUGUAACUGUUGCAUGGUGUGCUCCCCCCGCGAAGGAGACCCCUGUGGCCGAAAGAGCGACCUGCCCUGCGGGGAUGGCCUGGAGUGCAAGCUGCUCGCUGCGGGGAAGCGGCGAGGCUCCAAGGGGGUCUGCCGGUGUAAGAUGGAGCAUGAAGUGUGCGGGAGCGACGGGAAAACGUACGGGAAUGUGUGUAAGACGAGAGUGGCCAGCCGCAAAGCUGAGCAGAAGGGGAGACCUGCAGUCAGCCAGGCACAUAAAGGACCCUGCGCAUCCACAGGUCGCUUCUCAAUCCAUCCCAGCAGCCCUCGCUAUAAGUUCAACUUCAUCGCUGACGUGGUGGAGAAAAUAGCACCAGCUGUUGUCCACAUUGAAAUGUUCAUAAGACACCCCCUGUUUAGUCACCACGUGCGUCUCUCCAGCGGCUCUGGUUUCAUCAUGACCCCCUCAGGUGUGAUUGUGACCAACGCUCAUGUGGUGACCACGGAUGCCAUUGCCACGGUAACAGGGCGGCCCCAGCUGCGCGUGCAGCUCCACGACGGUGACGCAUAUGAGGCUGUGGUCAGACAUGUAGACAGGAAGGCAGACAUCGCCACCAUCAAGGUCAAUCCCCAGAAGAAGCUCCCUGUGCUGUCUCUGGGCCGUUCAGCUGGUCUGAGGCCAGGGGAGUUUGUGGUUGCUAUUGGCAGCCCCUUCGCCCUGCAGAACACCGUCACCACCGGCAUCGUCAGCACCGCCCAGAGAGACGGAAAGGAGCUGGGCAUCAAGGACUCAGACAUGGACUACAUUCAGACCGACGCCAUUAUUAAUUAUGGAAAUUCUGGAGGACCUCUUGUUAACUUGGACGGUGAGGUGAUAGGCAUCAACACUCUGAAAGUGGCAGCAGGGAUCUCCUUUGCCAUACCCUCAGACAGAAUCAGUCGCUUCCUCAGAGAGUCACAGCCCAAACACAGCAAAAGUCAGAGGUCAAAGGCUGAGCAGCACAGAGAAAAGACAAAACUCCAAAGAAGACUUCCAGAGGAACCACAGGGUGAUGCAGUCUGGUAGCAGAGUUGAAACGUCAGAAUCCAGACUUUCUGAGGGCUGCAGGGA